GAGAAAGCCGGGCCGGGCCGGGCCCGGCAGGGCGGCCCCGGUCUCUGCAGAGCGAAAGAGAAAGCCGCGACCCGGGUGACUUCCCCGUGCCCGAGCGGGGCGGGGCGGGGCGGCAGCCGAUGCCACGGCUUCCCAGUCACCCGCGGCGGGUCCGGCCGCGCCCGCUCGCCGCUCUGCAGCCUCGCGCCCAGCCGUGCCACGCACCAUGAGCGCCUCCGGCCCGGAGGUGGGCGAGCCCGGGGAGGCGGCGGCGGCCCGGCUGCAGGACGAGCAGGACGAGCAGGACUGGGCUUUGUACGACAACGUUGUUUCCAAGAGGCCGCGGCCGCCCAAGCCUCAGCACGCCAUCACCGUCGCUGUCUCCUCUCGAGCCCUCUUCGACCUGGUGGAGGAACGGCGGAUCUACGAAGAGCAAGGAGUGGAGAAGUACGUGAAGUACCAGCAGGACAACGAGGACAUCACCCUCAAACCCGGGCCGGCUUUCUACUUCGUCAAGGCACUGCAGCAUGUCAAUGCCCGGCUGCUUGAGCUGUACCCUGAUGAUGAAGAACGAUUUGAUAUUGUCCUGAUGACUAAUAAUCAUGCCCAGGUGGGAGUGAGACUCAUAAACAGCAUCAAUCACUACGGCUUAACAAUUGAACGCUUCUGCAUGACUGGAGGAAAAAGCCCUAUUGGUUACCUGACUGCUUAUCUCACCAACUUGUACCUCUCAGCAGACUCUGAAAAAGUGCAAGAAGCUAUAGAAGCAGGCAUCGCAUCAGCUACGAUGUUCACAGCCAACAAAGAUGUUGCUUAUUCGGACACGCAGCUGAGGGUGGCAUUCGAUGGGGAUGCGGUUCUCUUUUCUGAUGAGUCAGAACAGAUUGUCAAAGAGCAAGGGUUAGAUAGGUUUUUUGAACACGAACAGCUGAAUGAAAAUAAGCCUCUUGCACAGGGUCCUUUGAAAGGUUUUCUGGAAGACUUAGGGAAACUCCAGAAGAAGUUCUAUGCAAAAAAUGAACGGUUAAAUUGUCCCAUAAGGACCUUCCUGGUCACAGCCAGAAGUGCGGCAAGCUCUGGAGCGAGAGUACUGAAGACUCUUCGUAGCUGGGGUCUGGAGAUUGAUGAGGCACUUUUCCUAGCGGGCGCUCCUAAAGGACCCAUCCUGGUGAAAAUCCGCCCUCACAUCUUCUUUGAUGACCAGAUGUUUCACAUUGAAGGAGCACAGAAAUUAGGCACCAUAGCUGCCCACGUCCCCUACGGCAUUGGUCAAAAGUACCACAAAUCUGCAUGACUGGAUGCCACUGUUAACUCUACGGUUCUUGAUUCAGCCAGCCUCUAAUAUACCAAACCUCUACAUUUGUAUAUUGUAAGCCCUACGUUUAAAGGUCUAACUUCUGUCUAGAGCAGCCUUUAAAGGAAAUACUUUAAUAUAGGUAAGUUUUUAAUACAGUUAUUUGAAUAGUAUUCUCAAGCAGUUUAGGGUUCUUACCCAUUUGGAUCUAACACUGUGUCUUUUAUAUUAGGAAAAGAUUUGUACUGUUUUUAUAGCUUGAGACAUGAUUUGAGAGAGAGAACGGUUGUAUUUUCUCUGAAAAACUCUUGAUGGGUUAUCUGUAACAAAAAUCAUGUUGCAAUGCAAUGCUAGUCGCUCUGAAUUUCCCAAAAGCACAGUUUACAUGUUAAGUGUUUACCUGUUGCUGGUUUGCCUGUUAAAUAUGUGUUCAGUAGGCCUUUUAUCACAAAGUUUCAGCUUCCAGUGAAAUGUUAGUUUAUUUGAUCUUGUGUUUACAUAAACUCUUUUUUUGUCCUACGUUGUUUUCCUGUUCUAAUAAAGCUGGCUUUACAGAA